AUGCGGUGUCAUUAUGAUGUAUUGGAGAUUGAUUGUGAUGCCGAUGAUGAUACGAUCAAAAAGUCCUAUCGAAAGUUGGCUCUUAAAUGGCAUCCUGAUAAAAAUCCAAACAGUGUGGAAGAAUGUACUAGGUACUUUGCGCUAAUACAGCAAGCGUACGACAUUUUAAGUGAUCCACAUGAAAGAGCUUGGUAUGAUCGACAUAGAGAAAGCAUUUUAAAAGGAGGUAUUGGCGAGUAUUAUAAAGACAAUAGUCUUAAUUUAUUCCCUUAUUUUACAUCAACGUGCUAUUCCGGUUUUGAUACCAAUGAUAAGAAUUUUUAUGCUGUAUAUAGACAAGUCUUCGAAACCUUAGCGUCCGAAGAUUAUGAAUUCUUGGACAGAAAACCUCAGCCAUAUCCAAGCUUCGGUGAUGAGAACAGCACCUAUGACGAUGUAGUUGGCUUGUUUUACGCAUUCUGGGGAAGUUUCUGUACUGUCCGAUCAUUUGCAUGGGUAGAUAAAUUUGAUAUACGUGAUGCUACAAAUCAUCGUGUUGCUAGGGCAAUAGAGAAAGAAAACAAGAAAUUGAGAGAAGCGAGCAAACGGGAAAGAAACGAAGAAAUUCGGGCUUUGGUUGCAUUCAUACGAAAGCGAGAUCCACGGGUUCAUGCACACAAGAAAGAAUUAAAGGAGAAGCGGUUGGAGCAAGAAAGAAAGACGGAGGAAAAUAGAAAACUGAAGAUUUUAGAACAGUUAAGUCAGACUGGUGAAUACAAGGAAUCGGAAGAGGUGCGACAAUCGCAGCUGGAGAAUCUACGUGAAAUUGAGGAAGCUUUGGAUGCCGAAUUCGGAGGAAGUAAUGGCGAAAGUGAAGCAGAAUUCCACGAAGAAUUGCACUUUUAUUGUGUGUUUUGUGAAAAAGCAUUCAAAACUGAAAAGGCAAUGAGCAACCACAAAAGAUCUAAAAAACAUAAGGAUACAGUUGCCUUGUUAAAAAAGCAUAUAAAGGAGGAUGAUGUCUGCUUGUUAAUAACUGAUGAAAAAGACACGGAGAAUGAGGAAACCGAGACAGGUAAAAAGAAAUCAAAAAAGCAAAAACAGAGGGGACGGAGAAAAGUUGAAUAUGAUUCGGAUAAAGCCGACGAUGAUGAUGAAAGUAAACCAGGCACAUCGGAUAAUGAAACGAAUGAAAUAUUCUCUAAAAAUGGUACUGAGGGGCAUGGAGAGGAAUGUAUUACGAACUCUGAUGAGACAAAUAUAUUCUUGAAAGUGUCCGGGGAAGCUUCAAAAGUGUCGCGACUUGAUAAUAAAGCUCGAAGGCGCAAAGAAAGAGCAGGAAUUGCUAAAAGUAAUGCAACGGAAGAUACAAAUCCAAAAAAAAGUACAUGUGAUUGCUGUGGUAAAUUUUUUGAAUCUCGGACAAAAUUAUUUGUUCAUUUAAGGGAAUCCGGGCACGAAACACCAAAAACACUUCCUGCUGCGACUUCAACGAAAGUUAAGAUUAAUAGAAUUAGAAAAAAAUGA